AUGGCAAUAUCACGGUUUGUUGCUAAAAAUUUGGAAACUGCUACAGGCACAGUUUUGCAGGAGUUUUGCGUGCAUUUCUUAUCAAAACACGCUGAUGCUAUCAAAAACUAUUAUACUGACACUAGUCUUCAAACCUUGUUUACCAGUUUAUUUGAAGUGAUUCAACCAAUAACAAUCACUUUUAAUGUUUUGUCAACUAUCCUCUCAGAGGAUAAGUGGACUUUUGAAACUAGUGAACGGUUUUUGGAGCGUUUUCUACGUUUAAUGACCUUUACUGAAAUGCAGACACUGAAAAUGCAGGGUAUCAUCAUGGAUUUGCAGCAUUAUCUUUUCCCCUUGCUAGAAAGGUAUUUUGACUUUAUAUUUAAAAAUGGAUUCGUUGAGCCUGUAUACACGAAGGAAUUUCUCUUCUACAAUACUGAUGAAUCUGAACUUCCUGAAAUUGAGUUUUGGGAACCUUUAUGCUCUUUGUGGUCCAAUGAAUUUAUUGAAAGUGUUGUUAAUGGGGCGCGGGAUGCUCGAAGACUGAACUUGGGACAUAGAAGUUUUAAAUAUGAAGCUUUUUCUUACCAUUUUCGUAAUUGCCUUCCUUGGCAUGAGAACACAGCGAUGACCUGCUAUGAGUUUAUCAAAAGAAUUCGUAAGGCAGCUGAGCUAUGUGCUUCUAGCAAUUCCAAAAUGCUUUUUUUCUUCGUGAAUGAAGACAAUAAAUUGAAUGUGUUAUUGGAUGAGGUUGAGCAAAUUUAUACUGGCUUCUCGUUGCGGGAUCUCGCAUAUGAUUUAUUUGGUGCCGACAGAGAGUCAUCAAAUUGUGAUAUUACUGUUUCCUUCCACAAUAGUUUACGUUCUUCCGGGUUAAGUACUGAAAGCUGUGAGAGAUGGUCGGUUGCUUGUGCAACUGGUUAUUUAGACGAUUUAUUUAUUGCUCCAAGGUUGGAGUGGCCUUUAAAUUAUGUCAUCAGUAGUGGUUUGAUUGAAUCGUUUAACAGAUGCCUCCGCUUUUUAUUACAGUUGAUACGAGCUAGUGAAUUGUUGUCAAAAAUCAGAAUUGAAUACACCAAUGUUGAAAAAUUAGGCCUUAACAAACGACGAUUUAAUUUACUUCUCUGUGUGAUAUCCCAACCGCUGACAAUAAUGGCAGAACUCUUUUUUACCCACGUAUUUCUCCAUCUUAUUUUAUUAAAGACGGAGGGGGCUCGAAAGCUUAUCCAUGAAGCUAUUGUAAAGUUGUGGAGUAUGAGUGAUGAAAUUUAUGAUCGAUUGAGGAUGGAUUGCAUGAAGCCUUCAGAUUUGGAAAAUUUAUUGAAAGUUGCUAUUCGGGAAAAACAGUUGCUAGUUGGCAUAGGAAAAGGCAUGGAAGGAACGUUUUUUAUGGCAUUGCAGCUAUUUCUGCCAUAG